AUGGGACGCAAAUCCAAGCAGCUCCACAAUGAGACCUAUCAAAAUAUCGGCGCUCUAUUCCGAGCAACGCCGCAGCCGCGGCCUGCCAAGAUGGCGCCCGCGCGGGAAGCCUCUGAACACUCCUUAGAUGACAGCAUGUUGGAGGCCGCGGAAGCAUCGACAAAGAGAGGGAGCACUAGAAGCGAGAGUACUCCACCUCCUGAACAAAUGCCUGCGAGCAAAGCAGACAUCAUCUAUCUGCUCAAAGAGCUUAAAGCUCAAUCUGCAGCAGACAUGGCCCUAAUCAGGGAAGAUUUGGGCACCAUGACAGCCCGCAUACAGGCUGUGGAAGUAAAUGAAGCUGCUACAACACCCAAAAUUGAAACCCUGCAAAGGGAAAUGGCCCAAAUGAAGCAAACCAGCACUAUAUUGGAAAAUAAAGUGGCGGCACUGGAAGAUGCAAAACGCCAGCGAAACCUCAGGAUAAGAGGGAUACCAGAGGCUGUGCAGGACCCUGAUGUCACACACUACUUACGCAGAUUACUAGCCUCCCUGCUACUACCAGCUAAUGCAAAAUCCAUCUUGCUGGAGUUUCACUUUCGCAUUCCUAAACCUCCAAGAGCCCCAGCUGACGUCCCACAGGACCUACUUAUCUGCUUUCAAUCGCUCCGUGGCAAGCUACUAGUACAAGAAGCCACCCGAGAAACCAACACAUAUGAGUUUGAAGGCUCUGAGCUGUCCUUCUAUAAUGACCUCUCCAGGGCAACAGUCACAUGGCGACACUCCAUGAAAGAAGUCACCCAACUGCUGAGAACCAAGGGGAUACAAUACAGAUGGGGACCAGGGUGCAGACUCUCUGUCAGCAAUGAAGGCAAAAGAGUGCACGUCACUCAAGCAAGUGACUCUGUAGCAUUCCUGCAGGCCUUGGGAAUAUCCCAGGAGGCCACUACAAGCACUACCUCUGCAGCAAUGACACCAGCGACUACCUCCAAGAUAUGGGACGUUAAGAGAAUUCAACCCUUUUUCCCAAGAACGAGCGGUGUUACAGGCACUCCUCAGCCGAAAACCUGA